CUGAAAUAACAGCGCUCCUUCCUCUCUGUGACACAUUUCUGUCUGUCAGAGCCGUGCCGUGCCGUGCCAGUCUUAUGAAGGAGAGCGUGCAGGAGCUCCUGUAGGGAGGCACAAAGGCACCGAGGAAACCAAAACGGCUUGGCUGCAGAUUUUUGUCGACGACUUUCUUUAAUUUUUGAGAUAUGAGUCAGCGUAACACAACAUUCAAGCUUGCCAGCUAGUGGUGUGUGAUCUGGAGGGAGAGAAAAGGACGGCGGAGAACAUGGAGCUGUCAGAUGGUUUGUUGCUGCAAGUGAACAAUGGAGAGCAGUGGUGUAACCGCUGGAAACAUCCCAACGAUGACUCGGACCGCAGCACCAGCCCCUCGGUCCUGCGCUGUGUUGCCAGCACGUGGAAGGAGGGCCUGCUGAACAGAAAGAGGCCCUUUGUGGGCCGCUGCUGUCACUCCUGUACACCACAGAGCUGGGAGAAACUGUUCAACCCCAGUAUUCCAUCUCUGGGACUACGCAACGUCAUCUACAUUAAUGAGACCCACACCAGACAGCGGGGAUGGCUGGCGCGCAGGCUGAGUUACGUGCUGUUUGUCAUGGAGAGAGACGUCAACAAGGACAUGUUCACCAGGAACGUAGUGGACAACGUGCUCAACAACAGCAGGGUGGAGAGUUCUAUUGUGGAGGUAGCCACAGAUUUGGACGCUGCAGCCAGCCAGCCGGGCCAGGAGCACAAAGCAAUCAGUAAAGUGAAGCAGAAAGCCAGGGCCUUCCUUCAGGAGAUGGUGGCCAACAUUUCACCGGCCUUCAUCAGGCUGACGGGGUGGGUCCUCCUGAGGCUCUUUAAUGGUUUCUUCUGGAGCAUCCAGAUCCACAAGGGUCAGCUGGAAAUGGUCAAGAAGGCUGCUACUGAGCAAAAUGUGCCAAUGGUCUUCCUCCCUGUUCACAAAUCGCACAUUGACUACCUGCUCAUCACCUUGAUCCUGUUCUGUCACAACAUCAAAGCCCCUCACAUUGCUGCUGGAAACAACCUAAGCAUUCCUAUCCUCAGCACGCUUAUCCGUAAACUUGGAGGAUUUUUCAUACGACGGAAAAUGGAGGAAACGGGGAAUGGAAAGAAGGACGUUUUGUACAGAUCACUCUUACAUGCAUAUACAGAGGAGUUGUUGCGUCAGCAUCAGUUUUUGGAGGUCUACCUGGAGGGCACCCGCUCCCGCAGCGGUAAGCCGUCUACAGCGCGUGCUGGCAUGCUGUCCAUCGUGGUAGACACAAUGUGCACCGGGUCGAUCCCUGACGUGCUGGUGGUGCCAGUUGGCAUUUCCUAUGAUCGUAUUCUUGAAGGCAACUACAAUAGCGAGCAGCUGGGCAAACCGAAGCAGAAUGAGAGUUUGUGGGGAAUAGCAUGUGGAGUGUUCAGGAUGCUGAGGAAGAACUAUGGUUGCGUCCGAGUUGACUUCAACCAGCCCUUCUCCCUAAAGGAGUACCUCGACUCCCAGAGAAGCCGCCAUAUUCCACCGUCGGUGUCCCUGGAGCACACCUUGAUGCCCAUCAUUAUUUCUGCACAUUGUUGUUCCAGACCUGAUGCUCAGCUGUUUGAGGGACAGGAAGAGGAGCAGCUGAACAGAGAGCUGCCCAAUGACAUUUUAAGACGACAACUUAUUAACAACCUCGCCAAGCACGUCCUCUUCACGGCUAAUAAGUCAUCAGCGAUCAUGUCCACCCACAUUGUAGCCUGUCUGCUGCUGUACAGACACAGACAGGGGGUGGUGCUGUCCAAGCUGGUGGAAGACUUCUUCAACAUGAAGGAGGAGAUCCUGUCGCGGGACUUUGAUCUGGGCUUUUCGGGGAACUCAGAGGAUGUGGUCAUGCGUGCCCUCCACCUGCUGGGAAACUGCGUCAAUGUAACCAGCAGUGCAAAUCGCAACGGAGAGUUCACCAUCGCACCCAGCCAAACUGUACCAGCGCUUUUUGAGCUCAACUUUUACAGCAAUGGCCUUUUCCAUGUCUUUAUUUCCGAUGCAAUCAUCGCCUGCAGCAUCCUGUCACUGCAGCGAGAGCUGGUCGCGGAAUCAGAGUCCGAUCAACCGCCUGAUGGUCCCAGCAGCCUCCCUCUCAGUCAGGAGAGACUCAUCCGCAAGGCCGCCGGGCUCUCUCACUUUCUUAUCAAUGAGGUGUCAGUGGCACCGCCCUGUCAGACUAUUUACCAGGUGUUUCACGAUGCAGUGUCCCGGCUGAUCCAAUAUGGAGUUCUCUACGUAGCAGAGGAGGACCAGGAAGAACUGAGUCCCAGUCCCACAGAGGAACCGUGGCCCAAAAAGUUCCCAGAGCCCCUUUCCUGGAGGAGCGACGAGGAGGACGAGGACAGUGACUUUGGAGAGGAGCAGCGAGAUCGCUACCUAAAGGUGAGCGUUUCCGCAGAGCACCAGGAGUUCUUCGUCUUCCUACAGCGACUUGUCAGCCCGGUGCUGGAGGCCUACAGCGGCGCUGCAAUCUUUGUCCACAGUCUGAGUCAGCCAAUGGCCGAGUCUGAGUACACCCAGAGGCUCUUCAGAUACCUGCUCACCCGCACAGAGAGAGGAGUGGCUGCUUAUGGUGAAAGUGCAACUCAUUACCUGGUUAAGAACACAGUGAAGACAUUCAAAGAGCUCGGGGUCCUGAAGCAGAGAAGAGAGAACCAGGUGACGACUCUGGAGCUGAGCAGCACCUUUCUACCUCAGGCUAAUCGGAACAAACUCCUGCAGUACAUCUUGGGUUUCACCCUGCUGUGACCGACACACCUUUCAGCCCAGCUGAGACCCCAGGCUCCUUCCAAUAAAGGGCUUCUACUGGUUACUUCUAAACAAUCCCAGGUGCUACUCUGUGGAAAGCUUUACCAGGAAGUGCCUUCAUGUAACAGCCGCUAACUGUUAGCUGUUAGCCGGAAGAGACUUGAAGCCAGUCUUCCCUUUUUGUUCCAGUCUCUGACUUCCUGUCUUAGAACUGUGCAGCUGAUAAAAAAACAUAUGUUGUUCUUUGAAGAAGUACCUCUAGGGAUCGUCGUCUCUUUGUGAACUUUGCCAGUGAAGUCAUGAGGUUUUACUAUGAUUCAAAUUUUAAACUUAAUCUGAGAAUAUACUCAAGCAGGUUAGUAAAUAAGAAUCACUUUUACAGCAAUCCGAACAAAGCAAGCUGCAAGUAAACAAGCAAAAUAUGCAUCGAAAAUAUUUGUAAAUACAAACAACAAAGGCAUUUUUAUGUUAAUUCUGCUUGUUUGUAAAACUGCUGUAUUCUCUCCAGUGCACUCCACUAUCAUACAGUAGAAAACGUGUCAUAAUGUAGUUUGAUAAAAGGCUAAUUUUGAAAACAAAUCCCUGUACAUAGGCCACAAGAGCAAGAGUAGUGCGUUCCUACAACGUUAAUAAUGUAGGAACAUUAGAUAGAAAGAUUUGUCCCUGCAAAUGCAUAUCCAAAUUUUCAUUUGCUAAAUUAAAUGUCUAAUCUAAUCCUCCUUAUAGACAGCUUUGAUCAAUUAUACUCCACCGGUACUGGUUUAAGAUAUUCAAAGAUAUAAACAGCAAAUCAGUUCGGCCGUGCUAAAAUAUCUACCUGUUAAACACAACAUGUACCUGAAGCCUAAAAUCACAAGCAUCUCCAGUGCAUUCAAACCACUAACUUCUAAGUGCAUUCAGUCACACUUUUCGUCAUGGGUUUUAGAUGAAAAGUAACUUUGAUCUCGUUGCAUAACAGCUUUAUCACCUGUUGAUCAAUGUUACAGAGCACCUAGAAUACGUAAUACCAGCCAUCACAUCCACUUAGGUUCAAAUGCAACAAGCUCAGAAAACUCUUAGGUCAUGCCUUUCAGGGAAAGCAGAGAUUUGGGUUCACCGCCACUUUUUCCUAUAUUAUGAACACACUUUAUAAAAGCAUAACUGCUGAGAGAGCAGUUUUGCUCCAAUGGAUGGGCAUUUGCAAAACAAAGGAGCUGCAUAGUGUGGGUAUAAAAAAAAAAUUUAAAAAAAAUGAACGGUACAUAUCCACUGUGUAGUCCAUAAAAACAAAAGAUAAUGUCUCUAAAUGUUUGGAAGAUAGUGUCUCUGGUGCACUGGUGAAAAAAGGAGAGGGCGUCGUUCUCCUUUUGUAUACUUAUAAAUGCAGAUUACUGAAAAUGAAAUAAUAGUCCUUAACUGUCAGGUUUAUCUAUUAUUAAUUUCUCUUGGUUCAGUGCUUCACUUUAAACUUUCAGCACCACUGCGUUACUCUCAUGAAAUCAGUCUAAAAACGCUGAUAAUUUCAGUUUAUGAUCCAAAACGCACAUGUAAAAAAACAAAUGGUGUCAGACAGGUUGGCAGUAGAAAUGCUGUGGCAACAGAAUAUUAAUCAUGAAAAUCAAAAGCAGACAAAAAAACAUUCAAACCUGAUAGUGAAAUCUUACUGCACUGGUUUUUGUGCAUUUAACAUUUACCAUUUUUCAUUUUUACUGCAAGAUAACACAACAUCAAUAUUUAGGCCUUGUCUUACGUGUGUUAUUUAAAAUCUAAAGACCUUUAGCGGUGAACAUAAAUGUACGUCUAAGGUAAUGUUGGUGUGUAUAAGUGCACACCAACUGAUGGAAGACAAAAGAAGGAAUGUGUUUGGAAAGGGUAAACAAAAGUGUGAUACAUUUUCUAUCGAGUAUUCGAGGAGAUGCUGACAACAUGUUCUCAGAUUGAUAAUGUGAAGAAGAUGAAGUGAAUGUUAGAAAUCAACAUUCUUGAUCUGUCGGGGCAAUAAAAGUAAAUGGGCAUUGGGUGUCUGGUUGUAAACAUUUAAAUGAAUAUUUAUACUGAAAGACUUGUUGACAGUGAUCAACAACACUGCUUGUUACAAUUAACUUAAAUGCUUUUUGUCAACAUAUCGCUUAAUUUAAUAAUAUAAACCUGCAUAUUUUCGUGCAGUCUUUCAAAUCUAUGUACAAAAUAACCCUGAAAUGGAAACUUGUGGACGACCGGUGAACGAUGCCCGCAGCAUGUUGAAGAACAGAAAUGUAUGUCAUUUAAAUGUGAGUGUGAUCAAAGGGAUUUGAUUUACAUACAAAGCAUUUCUGAGCCCACAAUCUGUUUGUUGAAGUCCCCAUGCUGAGGGACCCCCCCCCUCCGCCAACAUAAAAAAAACAACACACUAUGUACUGUACUGCAUGUUUCCUCUGGUCGCCUUGAAUCAUCGACAUUUCAAUGUGAACUCCACUUAACCUGAGAAUUGUAUUUUACAGUUAUGUUGCAGAGAAGGAUAGUUGUCGUCGGAGAUGAAGUUUAAAUUUGUUUACCUCUUGAAUGUAUCCCAUCUGUCCCCCGAAAAGGUUAAUGUGAUAUUGUAGAGUACUCGAUGGAGUCGGUACACGCGUGAUACAGUUUGUAUGAACUGCUCGUUGGGAUUAUUGUUGAGACUCAUUGCUACUGAAGCUGCAUUAACAACGUCCCUCUACAACUAUGUAACUUUGUAGGAUUAAAAGAAAAAAAGCCUGUUUCUGGGGAGCAGGUGCCUUUUUAAUACACUGUAGUGUUCUUUGGUUGUGGUUUUAUUUGUUCUGUUCUUGUGCAUGUUAACAAAGAUUAUUUGGUGUGAGAAUCCAAAAGAACACUGUAGAUUGUAAUUUUAAAAACAACAACACAAGAGCGGAGGACUUGUCGCUACUAGAAGAAGAAUCACCAGCUACUAAAAAAACAAAAAGUGUCACUUUUUUUUGUUCUUGCUUUCUCCGAGCAAAGCACAAUUGGCAUUAUUAGAUUUUGUUUUUAAAUAAAUUAAUGAUAGAUUAA